GGUGGGGUCCAGGGAAGCGUACAAAGGGCAAAGUCGUCAGCUCGGGCCUGCAGGCCUCGGAAAACCCAAGCCCGCUAAGUGCUCGUCCGAAUGUCCCAAAAGGAAACAAAGCAGAGAACAGUUGGCAUGCGAUGCAUGGGACCGAAAGAUUGCGAGGGAAAGAGACGCGUCUCUCCCCGGCUGUCUCAACGCACCGCACACAACGCAGCCACCGCCUCUCGUGUCGUCUAUAUAUACGCAUCGAACAGUGGUCGCCUCCUUCCUCGUACGUCGACUGCUCGCCAUCUUCCUCGGUGUCUGCCCCCGUGUUGGUCAUCGAUGGCGAACCAAGGAACAGCCAGAUGCAUAGAGAUUCUUCUCGCCAUCAUCCUUCCUCCGCUCGGCGUCUUCCUCAAGUUCGGCUGCAAGGUGGAGUUUUGGAUCUGCCUGUUGCUCACCCUCUUCGGCUACCUGCCGGGGAUCAUCUACGCCGUCUACGCCAUCACCAAGUGAAUGACUCGUGGGAAGACAUGCUCGCUCGAGACAAGAUUCCCCGUGAAUGAUUCGUCACCAUGUUUCUCGUUGCUGCGAUGUGUAAUAAAAGUUGGCACCUGUUGAACUUCCUACUUCUCAAGAACACAUUCUUUC